GAAUGAACCAAAUCGCAACUUAAUAAGAGUCCAAGUCCAACUCAUUGUCUCAAAUGAUCAAAUCCAGUAUUCAAUUCUCUAUAUAUAGGCUUUAAUAGAUAGAUAAUUUGCAGCCUCACUCUCUCUUUUACGUAUUCAUCUAUUCUCUUGUCUCUCUCUCUCUCUUAAAUCAAACGCACAUCCUUUGGAAAACAAGCAGCGCAACCAUGGCACUGAUGAUAUUCUUCCUUGUAGCCUUCUUCCUUAGGGCUUCCUCUUCCUCAGCCUGUGACAAAGCAAUAUUCUUGCUGGCGGGGCAAAGCAAUAUGGCUGGCCGGGGUGGCAUUUUCCAUAAUAAAUGGGACGGAUACACUCCUCCCCUCUGCCGAGCCAGUCCACGGAUCCUCCGUCUCAACAACCAGACGGCAUGGGAGGAGGCUCGUGAGCCUCUACACGGAAACAUCUCCUUUGCGCCUUGCCCGGGCAGCAAUGCUCCUGCGGGAAUCGGGCCAGGGAUGGCCUUCGCAAACACCCUCUUGAAGAGGGACCCCACUAUUGGAACCAUCGGCUUGGUUCCAUGUGCAGUGGGAAUGACUGGCAUCUCCGACUGGAGACGCGGAAGCUGCCUCUACGCCCGCUUGAUGAGUCGGGCUCGGGCGGCCUUGAGGGAAGGAGGAGCGCUCCGGGGGAUGCUCUGGUACCAAGGGGAGAACGACAUUAACGUGUCGACUGCCGGCAUGUAUGAGGAUCGGUUGAGGACGUUCUUCAAUGACGUCCGAAACGAUCUCUCGUCUCCUUCGCUGCCAAUCAUCCAGGUGGCUUUGGCGUCCCCGAAUAUUUCUACUAAUUCGGGGACGAGAAAAAUAAGAAGCAUCCAGUUGCACUUGAAGCUUCCAAACUUGAUGUGCGUGGAUGCCAAAGGUUUGGCAGUAGACGACUACCAGAAGCUGCACCUCACCACGGACGCUCAAGUGAAGCUGGGCUCAAAGAUGGCGCAUGCAUUUGUCAAGCAUUUUACCUAGCUUAGUCAAUGGCUUCUCCUUUUCCUUAGGUGUACUGCUUGUAUUUAUUUAUUUUUAUUUUUUAUGUUAAGAUUCGAUUAUUAGUGCAUUAGUUUCUGCAAGAAUCAGGCCUAUAUAUAUGAUUUACAACUUGGAAUUUCUGCAA